AUGGACGACCCGGUUUCUUUGCUCGUUCCACGAUUUUAUGGGUCCAUGAUCAUGGUGUAUUCGAUUACGCACCCAGCUUUCAAUAAAACCAAAAUCUUUAAGAUGAAAUGCUUUCGUCCAACUCUGCGAAUUUGUCUUUAUGAACCGCUGUGCUCAUAUUAUGAGUGGGGCUGCAGGUGGUCGGGGCCAGUUCCCCUUGCCUUGUCCAAAGAUGGUCGUUCCAAAAUUGAAAACCAGUUUUUUAGCAGGUUCCGUGAAGACAAGCUCAAUUGCAUACAUAUAGUACAUGAGCUAGGCCUAAUAAUUGAUUAUAGGGAAAUUCAGCUUGAGGACGAACGGUUAGACAUCUUUGGCCUCAAAGAUCAGUUUUCCAGCAUUCGCGGCAAUUAA